AUGAUAACAGUUCUGAAGGGCUUAGAGGUGAACGGAUUAACGUGGCAUUUGAAAUGUUUGAGGUGCUCGGUGUGCGCCGUGUCCUUGAGUCAGCAAAACAGCUGCUUCUUCAGAAACAAAGAGGUUUUCUGUAGAACGGAUUAUAACAGUACCUUUGGCAUAAAAUGCACCCGAUGUGGCCUUCAAGUCAGUGCGAAUCACUGGGUUCGGAGGGCAGGUAAUGACAUAUAUCACCUUGCCUGCUUCGCUUGCUUCUUCUGCAAAAGGCAGCUUUCCACGGGAGAGGAGUUCGGCUUGAUGGAGAAUCAAGUUCUCUGUCGCCUUCACUACAACAUAAUGCUUCCAAAUCUGCAGCACAUGUCAGACAAAGGAAAUAUAAUGCAUUUGAACGGAGCUUUACCGAUACAAAACCUCCCAAAACCACCAAAAAGGCCUCGCACCUCAUUCACCUCGGAGCAGCUGCAGAUUAUGCAAGCCCACUUUAUUCAAGACAAGAACCCUGAUGCACAGACUCUGCAGGGGCUGGCAGACAUGACUGGACUGAGCAGAAGGGUCAUACAGGUUUGGUUCCAGAACUGUCGAGCCAGACAGAAGAGGAACCCAUUUCAUGACAGCCUUCCUCCACAGGACAGAUACCAGACAUUUGCAAUGCCCUUUCUGUCAGAUAACCAGUACUUCUCGGCUUCGGAUAUGCCCGAGACUCACUGAGACUGCCCACUAUUUCAGCAUCUCUCUCAGAAGAAGAAUAAAAAGGUACAAAACUGUCAUUAUCGAAAGUUUGGGGUAAUGUUUAAAGAAAUCGAUACUUUCAGCAAGGAUGCAUUACACCAAUAAAGAUGUGCCAGUAAACACAUUUCUCAAGGGUCAUGUGAUCAUAUUUUGCAAUAUUACUGUUUUCGAUCUUAGAAAUGCAUAGAGCACAAGACAGUUGAUACCCUAAACUUUUGAAGCAUAAUAUCACAUUUAAAACAUUUGAAAACUUAUCCAAGAAUCAUCAGUUAUGCUUAGAUGGUGCUGUAUUUGUUACUAUAUUUAUUUAUUAUUUACUUGAAAAGGAUUUACAGGAAAGGAUUUCGAAAGGUAUUUGGUAAGUACCAUUUGAAAAGGGUGUCUGUUUAAUAAUGAACACAUCUGUAUUUAAAAUACAAUACAAUAAAAUACUAAAAUAGUCACUAAUUUAUCUGGUGCCAAUUUGAUGUUGAAAGUUGCUCAAAGCAAGAUAAAAUGAACCGUGAAACACUGCUACUUGAGUAGAUAUAAGCUUUUUCAAUUGUUGUGCUGUCGAGCAUGUCUUUCUCAUCUUCUGUAAUCACUUGCCACAAAAAAAGAAUGCCGGCUCGAUCUUUAUUUUGUGCCUGAUUGCUUAAAAUUGUGACAGCUUAAUGAUAUUUGUUUUCUUGCACUCAAGCAGUGAUUGUCAAUUAUCUGUCAGUUCAUCUAAUGAUCCAAUAUAAUCCAGCAAUCAGGGUCCCUUAUUCACUUGUGUUCAUUGGCAUGUAAUAAUUCUAAUGGAAGCUGAUGGUCUCCAAUUUCUUUCUGUAUGUGUUUAAUGGCAACCACACUUUAUAAAAUGCCCAAUCAAAUAAUGACCAUUAAGCUAUUCAUUCGGUGAGCAAUUUCACAAGCGGUAACAGUCCCUGAAUACUGCAUGAUGCAUUGAUUCAUUGUGUGUCACCAUUUCUUGAAAUAGUCUCAAAGUGGUGUAUUGAUUUGAACACGUUUAAGCUUUACAAUAAAUUUCAAUGGCCAAACACGAACUCUGAAGAUCUAAAAUGGCUUGUCCUUCCUAAUGACGUAUGGGUCUUUUCUUUCCUGCACUACACUGCAUAUUAUACAGGCCGAGUUAAACUCUUAAAGCUUACUAUGUAAUAUAUAUUUUUUGCAUACAAUACCUUUCAGAUAUUUGUGGUCAGUAAGAUAUUUCAUGCUGAAAGUCUCUUAUGCUCACCAGGGCUGCAGUUAUGUGGUUAUACAGCAAACCGUAAUAUUGUGCAGCGUUGAUUACUGUUCAUUAUUUUAAUAUGUUUUAAACAGCAUUCUUGUGAUGUCAAACUUAGCCAUUACUCC